AGAAAAUUGACGAGGCUUCAAAAUCUGCAGCUUCACCGUCAUCUGUUUGCUGACCGAUCUCCCCUCAUGCAUCCGUCAAGCGAAAGCCCUGAUGUUGUCGCCGCGAAUGGCGGCCACUCAAGCGUCCCUGCGGCCGAGCCCGAUGCCCUGUCGCCGUGUCCGAACGUGGAGGCGAGGUUCGACGACCGCCCCUGCUGGUACCCGGGUGAGGUGAUGGACAUCCCGGUGUUCGCCAAGGACGAUGACCCGGUGCCCGUGAGGUUUGAGGACGGCGGGGAGAGGAGCGUGCCUCUCAAGUGGAUCAGGAGGGCACCCGUCAGCAUGCCAGACCCCGCGUGGUACGAUCAUACACUGACUGCAUCACUCACGCAGGCAGCGGAUUGUGUUUGUGUUUGUGUUUCUCUGACUGUCUGUGUGUCAGGGCGCCCCAGAGUGGCGAGAGGGUGGAGGUGUAUUUCGCGGCCACAUCGGACGCUCCCCGUCACUGGAUGACGGGUAUCAUCUCGCAUGUCGAGGAGGGCUUCCACUUCAUCAACUUCCCGCCCCACAGUGGGGAGCACUGCCAGCAGAUGAUCUUCGAGAAGGAGCACCUGCGGCCCGUCUACGAGGAGUCGCCCAUCGACCUCACCAAGCUCAGCAGGCACCUCCAGCCCCUGCCAACAGAGCUACACAACUGGGCCGUGUCAGCCGAUGGCCGCGCCUGCUUCCUGCAGGUGAGGGAGCAGGCGGCCCUGCUGCAGAUCCAAGUGAGGGACGGCGACAAGCUCCUGCUGCUGGGCACCACCGAGGCAAUCAAGCGGGCGGAGCUCAUGCUCAAGGUGCACAUCAAGCACCAGAAGGAGAUACAGGUGUUCCAGGAGCGACGCGAGCGGCGGCUGAAACUCCUCGAGGAGCGUCGCGUCAAGUACGAGUCGAGCCUGACCUGUGAGUUCGAGGCCGACCAGAGCGUCGUGGGCGUCAUGAUCGGCAAGUCGGGAGAGAACCUCGCUCGCAUCUCAAAGCAAUUCGGGGUAAGGAAGGAAAGCAGCGGACAACAACACACUCAUGACUGUGUAACUGUACUGCAUGGCUGUCAGGUCGAGAUUCGUGUGUUGCCGGCUGGUGCUGAGGGCAGCACGCACCGCAUCGUGCGCAUCUUCGGUGAGUCCAACGACAGUGUGCAGGCGGCCCGACAGGAGCUCGAGUACCUCUCGCACUCGUACCCCGUCGAGCGCAACAUCUGGCACUGGAUGCUCAACCAACAGGGGGUCUCUACCAACGACCUCAAGCGGAAAACGGGCGUCAAACAGGCCACGUACGUCACGAAAUGCGACAGAGGGGAAGGCACAGAGAGAUCAUUCGCUGAGCGGUCGCUUGUAUGAGUGUGUGCAGGUAUGACGAUGCCCAGCAGUGCGUGGUGCUUCAGGGCAAGAAGGCCGCCAUCGACGACGCCAUAAUGCUACUCGACAGCCACAAGGAAUACUUCAUGGUCAGAUACAGACAUACAUACAUCAACACGCGGGACAUGUGUCGACCCUGCAGGUGUAUGAGAACAUGAACAAAGAGAGCGAGGAAAUCCAGCACAGAUUCGAAGACGUAGGCACCAACAGCCACAGCUAGCAAUCCAAUCCCACUGCUUCCGUCCUUGUUGAUCAGCUUGAGGUGCGUGCGGGCCCCCGGGGCGGUCCCCGUGGCCCUCGCGGCGGUCGGGGCGGCAGGGGGCGAGGUCUCCCCGAGCCAGGCGGCAGCGACGCAAGUGCUGACGCGGACAGAGGGGGGGCCAACCCAGAACACGGACAUGGGAGGGGUAAGGAGAUAGACACCACACAGAGAGGAGCCAUACAACCAUUGAUCGACACCCUGUCUGAGUGGAUGGGCAUGACACGUGCAGGUGGCCCUCCCCGUGGCGGUCGUGGCGGCCCUCACUACGGCCCCAACCAGCUGCCGCUGAGAGGGGGAGGUGGACGGGGGAGGGGCGGGCCGCCGAGGGGCGGACACAGAGGCAGGGGGAGCAACGGCAUGAUGACGGCAGAAGGGGCAGCAUGACUCAGCAAGACUAGACGAGGUGCCGGGUCAUGGAUCGAUCGACUGUUCGGUAUUUGUGUGUGCGAGGGCAUGGGACGACAUUCGUGCGACGGUUUUGUGCCCGCGAGAAUGUGCUUCGUUCACCUGUAUAGCGAGAGCUAGAUGAUAAGGGGAAUAGUGCUUGCGAUACAUACGUCACUCUAAGUGUCUCUGGGUGGGGAGUCGGCUUUGUCAUGUGCGAUGUCUGUCUUGUGUGGACAUGCAUCUAUCUCUGCGUGCCGUCUCACUUCUGCUACAAACAUUGAUGCCCGCUGUUCUCACUCAUCGACACCCUCUCUUCCCGCCUGUCUGCUUGGCCGCGGACAGGCGGGCCGAGAUGGUGGUGGUGGUCGUGUGCAGCAGGCAUCAAGGCAGAAGGGAGCCUGGCCGCUGGUGACUUCGCAGGAAACUGUGCAAUGAGUUCAAUGCGUCCGGUCGA